AUGGCUUCGAGGCGGUUGCUGAUCGUCGCCGUCCUUGCCGUCUUUGCGGCUUCGCCGGCGCUCGCCGCCGACCUCGUGGUCGGGGACGGCAAGGGCUGGGACCUCAAAGUCGACUACGACAAGUGGGUCGACAGCAACGAUUUCAUCGUCGGCGACACGCUGGUGUUCAAGUACACCAAGGGCAGCCACUCGGUGGUGGAGGCGACGGCGGCGGGCUUCGCGGCGUGCAGCGAGGCCAACAGCCUCGGCGCGUGGGCCUCCGGCGACGACAGGGUCGCCCUCAACACGUCGGGGCGGUGGUGGUUCUUCAGCGGGGUGGGCAAGGACUGCGUCCAGGGCAUGAAGUUCAACCUCACCGUCAUCCCGGCCGUCGAGCUCUCGCCCCCCUCCUUGUCGCCGCCGCCGCUGCGCGCAGACGGGGGUGUCGCGGCUGUGCUCGCCGCGGCGGCGGUGGUAGCGGCCGCACUCCUGCUCUAG